AUGUCCUACGUGGCCCUGUUGUCCCCCCUCUCCGUGGCUGUCACCGUCCCCCUGCACCAUCCUGAGCUGCAGGCCCGGCUGCGGGAGGAGCUGUGGCGGGUGCUGGGUCCCUCCGGUGUCCCCGAGCCGGGGGACGCCCCGCGCCUGCCCCUCCUCCAGGCCACCAUCGCCGAGACCCUGCGCCUGCGGCCCCCCGCCCCCCUGGCCCUGCCCCACUGCGCCCUCCGCCCCACCAGUAUCGGAGGGAUCCCGGUGCCGGCCGGCUCCAUCCUGGUGCCCAACCUGCUGGCGGCCCACAGGGACCCCGACGUCUGGGAGCGCCCCGAGGAAUUCCUGCCCGAGCGGUUCCUGGUCCCCGGCGCCCCCUCCCGCGCCCUCCUGCCCUUCGGCUGCGGGGCCCGAUCCUGCCCGGGGGAGGGGCUGGCGCGGGCCGAGCUCCUGGUUUUCCUGGGCCUGAUCCUGCGGGAAUUCCGGCUGGAGCCCCCCGCGGGGGGGCAGGGGGUGCCCGAGCUGGGGGGGACGGGGGGCACCGUCCUGCGGCCCCCCCCCUUCCGCCUCCGCCUGCUGCCCUGCCUGCCCCCCAUCCCAGUAGACCUCAGCAGAGCCCAGUAA